GCUUUGGUUGUUGCCUCGCAUGCUAGCGGCUUUCGGAGAAGCAGUUCACAGGGCGAAGAAUGGGGAAAGAUGACUUUAGGUGUAUUGAGUGUAACGAAAAAGCAGCUGAGUUACACAGGGAUUACAGUAACGGGAUCCUGAAGAUAACUAUAUGUGAGUCGUGCCAGAAACCAGUGGACAAGUACAUUGAAUAUGACCCAGUUAUCAUCCUGAUUGAUGCCAUUUUGUGCAAGACGCAGGCUUUCAGACACAUUUUGUUCAACACAAGCUUGAAUAUCCACUGGAAGCUUUGUGUGUUCUGCCUGCUGUGUGAGGCUUACCUCAGGUGGUCUCUGCUCCAUGGCUCUGAGCAGAGCAGUGACCCUGCUGACAUCAUCAGGUACACCAAGGAAUGGGAAUUCUACGGCAUGUUUGGAUUAGCCUCCCUUGAGCUGUCAGCGUUCUUCGGCGGUGUGCUGUGCUUUCUUUGGGUGGUGGUGGGUCGUCUGCAGGGUGGGACCCUCGAUCUCAGCCUGCUCAUCAGAGCCCUGCUGCUCUCCUGCUACGGGAAGGUCCUCCUCAUCCCUGCUGUCAUCUGGGAACAUGACUACUCCCCGGUGUGUCUGGGCCUCAUCAAACUGUUUGUGCUCACCUCCAACUCGCAGGCUAUCAGAGUGAUCCUGAACAGCAGUAGACGUCUGUCAUUGAUGGCCGUGUGUUUGGGCCUGCUGUCAGAGACCUGCGUGGCUCAGGCCUGUAAAAAGCUUCCAUGGAGCCUCCAGGACAUGUUGACAUUUGAAUGAAUGAGGAAAAUUAAAGUUAUCUCAGGGACGAAAAGUGAUCAUGGAUGCCAACCCGUGCCACAGAGAGAUUUUUUUUAAUGAACCUUGUGCCACCUGAACUGAAAUUCCUUUUAUUUAUUGUUUUGUUUUUUGUUUGCUGCUCAUGCCAACCAGGCAGAGAGCAGAAGAAGAGAGUAGAUAAAUUUUUUCCAUGUAAUCUUUAUAGAGAAAAAGAUCCAUCUUUAUUGUGAAGGGAUAUCGAAGACGCGGCAUUCCUCUUGUUUUUACUUUGGUUUUAAAGUUGAGCUCCCAAGUCAAGAUUCCAGUUGAAUUUGAUUUGAUGACUUUAUAAAGACAGUCCCAGAGGGGAGCCACAGAAUGGGAACGUCCCCUGAUCUAAAUGACUAAACUUGCUCUAACUCCCAAGGCCACUCUCUAAGAAUGACACAAACACAAUUUGCAAUUACAAUACAAUGCAAUUUUACAAUAACUACUUCUCUGUUUGGACAGGCUCACAUUCUUUGACUCAUUGGUGAAAUGUUUACCUUAAAUCCACACACACACACAGAAACAGGGUAACUUGUCACAAUAAAUAAAGCAGACAUAAUUUACUUUCCUAGUAUUUAUGCAAUGUUAAAGUUAGUGAUAAAAAAGAUAGAGGAGCUGCUAAUGUUAAAUGUCUGGUUUUACAUUGUUCAAUUAAUUGUUUAGUCUAUAAAAUACCUUUUAGUUUCCCAGAGCCAAAGGUGAUGUCUUCAAAUUGCAAGGUUUGUCCAAGCAGCAGUCUAAAUCCCAAAAUAUGUAAUUAACAACGAUAUGAAACCGAUAAAAACAGCAAAUCCCCACAUUUAAGAAGUUGUUUAAUAACUGACAAACGAUUAUUUGAUUACCAAAUCAUUUGCUGAUUAAUUUUCUGUCAGUCAACUAAUAAAGCAGGGUCAGUCAUUUUGUUGCAGAUUUCAUUGAAUGUUAAGUAAAAUCCACCAAAUUACAGCAAGUAUCUUUACAGUCACAUUAACCAUAAUGAAACAUGUUAACUAGCUGCAGCAGGUAAAUGUUACAAAGCCACCAUUUACUGACCCUGGAAUGUACGCGUCUGUAAACGGAGCAAUGUUCGAUCAGUAAAACAAACUGUGACGCAGGCUAAGUGUCUGUGGAAUGAGGGGAAUUUAUUCUUUGCACUUAUCUGCAGUGAAAAGGGACAGACACUAUCGGGGAGCCGUUGUUAUGAACUGCUGCAGAGCCCGACACGUGACGAGAGGCGAGGCAGAACUCUUUCUGAACAAAACCUGUUUCAGCUGUGCUGGAGGACUCAUCUGACCAGAUCCAAUGAUAUUCUGUGAAACAAGAUCACAGAUAAUGUGAUUCACAUUCAGAACUUUGGGGGUUUUCAGAAAAUCAUCAAUUUACCUUGAAAUGAAGAGUCACACCUUGGUAUAUUUACCAUAAACAAAUGACCCGUGUCUCAUCCAUGCCCCUUCUUUGGUGUUUUCUUUGUCUUUAUUGAAGAGAUCUGCAUUUCCCUCAUUCCACCAUCAGACGUUACCAUAAGGUCUGAACCUUGCGUAAGAAUAGCGCCUUCUAUAUGUUGUUUUGUAAAGCGGCACUUGCAAAAUGUCCUCUGUGCUAAAUUAACAAAAAUACACUGUAAAAUCCAGUGUUUUAGAUGAUUGUGUUAAGAGCAGUUAUGUAUGCAGAUUUCUCAAAAAUAGUAAUAUGUUAAUGUUAAAACUAUACAUUGUGCUCAUAUUUAAAUGAACUGAAGCUGCCAUUUUAUUCAUAGAUGAAAGGUUUUCUCAAAGCAAAUCUGAACGAUUGGCGUAUUAUUUGUACGUCUGUACUUUCUACUUUUGUUGCAAAUGCUGAUCUAUCAGGGACUUAUUCCUCUGUGAUAGAUAAUGUGAAAUGAACUUGUAGAGCGAGUUUGCAAUGAGCUGCAGAGAAACACACUGCAGAUAAAUGCUGCAGCAUGUGCACUCUGAACUUUGUUAUAUAAAUGUGUGACGAGAAAAUAAAAUCUAUGCGUUUUAAUACAAUUA